GAAAAGUGAAAACCGAAAAUUCGACAAAGAAAAUUCAAAUAUUCAUCAUUUACACAGAAAACAUAAAUAAAAGAAAAAUCGAAAUGUCAUCAUCAUCAUCAACCACAAACAUGAACGACGUUGAUCGUUUGUUCGCAUGCUUCAAAUGCGGUUUAACACCUCCCAAAUCUGCUUUGAAUGAAAGAAAAAGGAGGAAAAGGAAAUUGGAGAAGGAGAUUUCGAAGAAUGAGUUAGUAUCAGAAUCUCCAAAUCAGAGAUCAAUUGGAAGAGAAGAGAAAACUCCAUUAUCAUCAUGCAUCAAAGCAACAAACGUGGAAUUGGAAUCUUCCAUUGAGAAACUUAAAUCAGCUAUAGCUAAAACCAAAAGCUGUGGUAAUCGGAAGCAGUUCUCUCCAGUUGUAUUCUAUGGUUCUCCUCAUGGCGUGCCUCCAAAAAAACCGACCCGUUUAUGGCGUUUGUUACAUGAGAUGCGUAUUGAUCUCUCUCAGCAAAAUAAAUUGAACCGAAGGAAGGAAGUUUGGUUUACAUUCCCAAGGCAGGAAGAAGCAAUGAAGUUUGCCAAAGGGCAAGAAGAUGUUCAUCUUUUUAGUUAUCAAGAUCACUUUAAUGGCCAGAGAAGGUUCCUGGUGUCUACAUAUACAGAAUUCUGGCGAAGGUAUAAAAACAUGGAUUCCAAAUUCCGUCAUCAUUAUGAAGUGAUUCAAGAGGGUUUACCAUGCCACCUUUAUUUUGAUUUGGAGUUUAAUAAAAGAGUCAACAUAGGAAAGAAUGGAGACGAAAUGGUUGAUCUUUUGACAUCCGUAGUUCUAAAAGCCUUACAUGAAAAGUAUGAAAUCCAUGGAGACCAUGAUUGGAUAGUAGAACUUGAUUCUUCAACUGAAGAUAAGUUCUCACGUCAUCUAAUAAUUCGCAUACCAACGGUUGCUUUUAAGGAUAACUCCCAUGCCGGUGCAUUUGUUACAGAAAUAUGCACAAGAAUUCUAAACGAAAGGGGGAAAGAUACAAAUUUUGAAAAAUUGUUUAUAGCAAAAGAUUCAAGUACCAAUGAAUCUGCUGACCAACUUUUUGUGGAUACUGCUGUAUAUACUCGGAAUCGUUGUUUCCGUCUUCAUCUUUCUUCAAAGGCAGGAAAAAGUUCAAUUCUUUUGCCGACAGAGAGAUUUAAGUGCAAGAACUUGAGUGAAGAAGACUUGUUCAUGGCUUCCUUGAUCUGCAACAUGGAUGUUGAUUGUGGAAAGCUUCUGGUCUGCAAACCAGACUUAGAUUGCGUGAAGACUCUGCAUUAUGAUACAGAGUUGAAUUGUAAUGCUGGAAACUCUGUCCAUAUUCAUCCAGAGUUUACAUUAAAUACUUGCACAAGUGAUGUUUCAACAACAUACUUCAUGGGAAACUCACCAUUCCCAUUUCUGGAUGAAUUUAUAUUAUCCGUUGCCUCUGUUGGGAAUAUACCAGGAAAAAUUCAUAGCUGGUAUUUAUUCUCUGAAUUUGGACUGAUGGUCUACAGCAUGACAAAAAAUAGAUAUUGCGAGCGAAUUGGCAGACAGCAUAAGAGCAAUAAUGUGAUAUACGUUGUUGAUCUAAGAAGGGCAGUGUAUUAUCAGAAAUGUCACGAUCCUGACUGCAGAGGUUUCCGAUCUUCCGACCGACUUAUUCCAGUUCACGCGCUCUCCAAUCGCUCAGUUGUUAUUGGGUCAUCUGGAAUGUUAGAUGAUAAACAGACAGAAGGUGAUGAGUGCGGACAUCAACCUGUUGAUAACAACAACAAACCCAAUUUUCUACAAUACGAAGACACUGUUGAGGACAACUCCAGUGAUUCUUGGUGGCUAGAAGCAAUAAAAGUUGUUGAGGAUGUGGAGAAUAAGAAAACUGCAACCAAGCUAAGCACCAAGCAGGAGGAAAUUGAUGACGGAGAUGAGGAAUGGUGGCUGGCUGCAGAAAGGACAGCAUCCCAGGCUGAACUGACAUAUUUCAACUAGUUCAGGAUUUUAGCAGCACCAUUCAUUUCGCCAAUAUUGUGCCUGAUAGAGGUCUCAAGGAUGAAACGAUUUAUGUGGCUCGCUACUUGUUGGAUCAACAAUUAGCUCCAAGGACUUGAUGAUUGAAGCCAAGAAAGGGGUUUGUUGCACGUAAACGCAGCAAGCAACAUAGAGAAGAGAUCCUAUAACAUUAUCAGUUCGAUUAUAAGAUUUGGUGAAUUUAAAUCUACUGCUGAAAGCAGCAAAGUUUGGGAGAAAAUGCAGGGUUGUAGGGACAUGCAGAAUGAUGCAUGAUUGUUGCACAAUGCACCCAUUUGGAUCUUCUCAUGCAGAAAACAAUAGGAGGAACACAAGAUCGGAUAACGAGGAGAGGGUGAAUAAUAAAGGAAGAAAAGAGAGAAAAACAGAGAGGAUGGUAAGGGAGAUGAAGAUGGAGAGUAUUUUGUCACUUGUAGACAUUCCAGAGAUAAAAUCAGACGAUAACAAGUAAUACUCGAGUAUCUUCUUCAUGGACUCAUCCAGAAAUAUUUCAAACGGAGCAAAACAAGUUUAAUAUUUGUUUUCAUUUUUUUGUAAAAUGACUAUUGAGACCCAUAUCUCAAUCUAACUAAGAUCUAUUUAAAAUGGUUAAAUAAUGGUCAAAGAUCAAAUCAUCUACAAAGUGAUUAAGAUAUCCAUAUAUGUAUAUGUUCCACACAACAAUUUUUUUUUU